AAAGCGGCUACAGAAAAAGGCACCAUUUGUAUGAGGGACUGAAGGCACAUCCAAUGACCAGAAUGCUGAACACACAUCGGCUUGGAGAUGCUGGCAACUGUUUGUUGCUAUUGUUUGUUACCAGUGCUCUAACCAACCUUUCACCCGCAGAAAUGACAAAGAAAUGUAACCGCUGGACUGUGAUACCUGAAAUGAAUAUCUCCUCAAGCCCACCAAAUCGUGCGCUAGCUCUAGGAGAAGCUAUUAAUAUGACUUGCGUAGCGUGGCCAAAGCCUGGUGACAAGCUAUUUCCAAGGAGAAGGAUCAAGUAUAUUCAGUGGGAUGAUUCUCGUGGUAGAUCAGUUGGAAUCAAAUGUCAAGACAGUAAAUUAAGCCUAAAAGUGCUCUGUACAUUGCCGCUCAAGAGGUUGACUUUAGAACAGUUUGGAAACUACACGUGUGAGGCAGAAAAUGAUUAUGAUGGAUAUUGCCGGCAAAAAACUGUCGAGAUUAGACGGCAAGCUUUCCUUGUACUAGAGACUGUCGAUAAUCCAAAGAACCAAACUGUCAUUGCUGGUAUCAACGUAACCUUGAACUGCACCGCCAAAGGUCAUCCUAUGCCAUUCAUCACAUGGAGAAAGAACAAUGGUACACUUGCUUUCCAGUCCAACCCAAGGAGAAAAGUCAUUGAGAUUACCCUAGAUGACGAACGAAUUCAUAGCCAACUGGUGAUAGAUGAUGUAAAGAACGAAGAUAAAGGAAAGUAUCACUGCGUUGCAAAUAAUACUGCGGGAGAAAAGGCAUCCAACCUGACUUUCUUGUUCAUAGAGGAUUUAGACAACUGGGCGAGGAUUGUUGAGGAUCCGGUGAACCAAACUUCCUUUUUUGGUUCCAAUGUAACUUUUAACUGCUCUGCCGCUGGUCUACCCAAGCCAAUUAUCACAUGGUUUAAGAACAACAAUUCGAAUGCUCUAGACUCAAACCCAAGAGCAAGAGUCAUUCAAAUUUCACUAGAGGACAAAACCAUCACGCAAAGCCAGCUGUCAAUAAGAGGAGUGAAGGAAGAAGAUGAAGGCAAAUAUUAUUGUGUUACAAAGGGCAGCGCUGGGGAAGCAGCAUCAAAAUAUGCUUUCUUGUUCAUUAAGCAUUUAGCCCUGAUUACUGCACUUAGUGUGUUUGGUGGCACCAUGAUCACAUUCAUGUGCGGGUGUACCAUGGCGUUUUUGUAUCGACGUGCGAGAUCAAAUGAGGAUAACAUGGAUGGGAAAGAGAUCAAUGUAAUCUGCACAACCUACAAAGAUUUGGCUGAGGGGAUACCGAAACAUGAGAAUGCUGAUACGAACGGUUCAGCACCUUCAGUGGUAAAUGUUGUCGCUCCCCUGGAAGAUGUUGAAAAGAGAAAUACGAGUAUGCACCUAAAAAGAAAAUACCACGCACAGGACGACGGGAAUGCUGACUCGAUACUGAGAGCAUCGUCAGAGGGAAGCAAGAUUCCCACUCCACCAGAUGUCGGAGAUAAACAUUUGAGAAAUCUCAUCUUUGAAAAACACGACCAUGCAGAAAAGCUCUUAAACUCGCGAGGUGGUCAUCUAAAUGCCGCAUAUAGCUGUAGCGAUGUCAACUUGAAUCUGCAUCAAGACAGUGGGAGCGAUCAGAUGCUAACAUCUCUUAACAUUAAGCUAGAAGAGCGCGAAAAAGGUGUAGAUGAUCUCCAGGUGCUCGACGAGGUUCUUGGCGAAGGGGAAUAUGGAAUCGUUUACAAAGGUCGCUAUGGUGGAAAGAACGGAAGUAUUACUGAUGUUGCAGUAAAGAAGUUGAAAGAUAAUGCAGGCACACUUGCGAAAGCAGCGUUACUAAAUGAGAUAAGGACACUGAAACAAGCUGGCCGACAUCCGAACAUUGUCAAUCUAAUCGGAACGUGGACACACGGAGAAACAACUCUUGUUGUCACUGAAUUGGUCCGAGGUGGGAGCCUUGAAAGUCUUUUGAGGAGCAAGGACGACGGAAGUAGCGAAUAUGCGAAUGUGUGCUGCAAACUGAAUGACCGACAGCUGUUGAACAUUGCACUGCAAGUGGCCUUCGGAAUGCAACAUUUAGAAGAGCGGAAGUGCAUUCACUGCGACCUUGCGGCGAGAAAUGUCUUCAUUAAUCCAAACAUGGUGGCAAAAGUUGGAGACUUUGGAUUAGCAAGGAACAUCUCAGACGAUGGAUUAUAUAUCAAAACCUCAUGUGGUAAAGUUCCAUGGAGAUGGUCGUCUUUAGAAUCUCUUCGAGAUCGAGUUUACACAUCCCAAAGCGAUGUUUGGUCGUUCGGCAUACUGCUUUGGGAAAUAGCAACUUAUGGUAAGGUACCAUACCCUGACGUCGAAUCACCUUUUUCCCUGGUAAGUCGGCUUUCUACGGGCUAUCGGAUGCCUCGUCCUCAUCAAUGCUCGGAAGAACUAUAUACACUUAUGAGCUCUUGUUGGAAUGAGAAUCCUUUGAUGAGGCCUUGCUUUACUGACAUCGUAAACCGGCUGGAAUACUUCUUACGAGAAGUCAAGAGGACAUAUAUCAACAUCAUGGACGAUGACAUCAGAGUUGAUGAAAAGCAGAAGCUGAAUGUGUAGAGUGAAAGUUCAAGGAGGACUGGGGCGAGCGAUUUCAUAAUUGAGUAGUCUUGAAUUGAACGACGCGUUAUUCCUGAUACCAAUUAACUAAGUCAAACACAAUAGUCAUAGAAUCUUACGCGAUGUAGAAUUAACGAACUUAAGCGUAAAUGAGAGAUCUUGUUCGUUUUGUCACAAGAUACAAGGGAGCAAAUAGCAAUCUGAUUCUCCCAAAAGGAAUCGAAAUCCAGACCUUCUGAUUUCGCGAUUUUCGGUUCUAUUUAGGAAGUAGAUUUAGGAAGAAGACCACAAUAUCUCUGCUUCUAUGCCUGUACAAUUUGUUCUGAUAGAUUUAUAUUGGAAGUUGUGGGCUAGAGAAACUCAAUAUUUUUUUUCGUUAGGUAAUUCUUAUGAAAAUAGCUCCUUUGUUUACUUAGUAAAUUUUCCAACUCCACUUAGUUAAUGAGAGAUUGUAACUGUGACAGGUUUUCAUUUAUAAGCC